AUGGCAGACGCUUUUGAGAGUCGCAUCGAUAUUUUCUUGCGAAUGCGGCCUAUAGAAAAGAACUUGGCUUCGUACGAGGUGGACCAUGAUGACGGCAGGGUUAAUUGGGUUGUUCCCAGGCAAGCUGCCACUGGAAUGGUAAAUCAUCAGCGCGAGCGCUACAGCUUUACUUUCACUGGCAUUUUGGAUACGGAUUGUAAGCAAGAUUUGGUAUUCGAAACUGUUGCUAGAAAGGUGGUGCUUGGUGCCUUGGAUGGUUUCAAUGGCACAAUAUUUGCAUACGGCCAGACCGGUUCAGGCAAGACUUAUACAAUCACCGGCGGGACUGAACGUUACGUUGAUCGAGGAAUUAUUCCACGCGCAAUUUCUCUUAUUUAUAGCGAGCUCGCAAACAGGAGUGAUAAUUGUUUCAGCAUCCAUUUCUCGUAUAUGGAGAUUUAUAAUGAAACUGGCUAUGACUUGCUUAACCCCGAUCAUGAAACAAAGUCAUUGGAAGAUCUUCCUAAGGUUGUCUUGCUGGAAGAUGAUGACACCCGUAUUCAUCUGCGAAACCUUUCCGCUCACCUUGCAAUGAAUGAAGAGGAAGCCCUCAACCUGCUGUUCAUGGGUGAUACGAACAGAAUGAUCAGCUCGACACCAAUGAACAUGGCCAGUAGUCGCUCGCACUGUAUUUUUACAGCGUGCAUUGAAGCUCGAAAGACUGGUGAAGAUGUUGUGAGAAAAUCUAAGCUACAUCUUGUUGAUCUUGCUGGAUCAGAACGAGUCAGUAAGACAGGAGUUGAUGGUCAGAUUUUAAGAGAGGCAAAGUAUAUUAACCUUUCUCUUCAUUUCCUGGAGCAGGUUAUUAUAGCAUUGCAAGAAAAAAGCCAGGGAAAGUCUAGAACACAUAUUCCGUAUAGAAACUCGAUGAUGACAUCAGUUCUUAGAGAUUCUAUAGGAGGAAAUUGUCGAACGGUUAUGAUAGCCAAUGUAUCAAUUGCGCAAGAGCAAUUGGAGGAAACAAUUUCGACUUGCCGCUUUGCACAACGAGUUGCCAUGGUCUCAAACCAGGUCAUGUUGAACGAGGAAGUGGAUCCCAAUAUCGUCAUUAAAAGAUUGAAACAAGAGGUUAAAGAUCUUAAAGCUGAAGUAAUGUUUCUAAGGGGUGAGGAUGUUGAUCGAGGGCCACUGACAGACGGAGAAAUUGCUAUGGUGAAAAAUCAAGUUAAUGCUUAUGUGUAUGACCUCUCGCCUGAAGCAUCAUUCAACUGUGGAGGAAACAUGCUACAUAUUCGAGCUGCAUUUCAAGCUUUUAAAGAGCUUGCAACAGCUGGAGUUGCCGCAAAGAGGUGUUCUAAUUUACAAGGCAAUGGCGCACAUAUGGAAAUGAGUGGUGGUUCGCCCCUUCAUGAAACUAUCCAGAAUCUUAAUCGUCAGCUUUCAGGGCGGACAGAUAGUAGAGAUUCGGGAUUUACACUGGAUGGUACAGAGGAUGGAAUGAUCCCUAGCAACACCUCCUCGAGGGUAGCAAGCUCCAUGGAUUCGAGAGACAAUAGUAGCCUGUCUAGUUUUGCCAGUGAUCGGAGACAAGCUUUUGAUCUAUUUUGGAGAAACUAUCCAAGCAUGGAUGCUAUUGAAGAAAACAAAGCACUUUUAAGAAAGAAGUACGGUGAAGCUAAGUUAUUGGGCGAGGGGGCCAACAAAGCCCGUGAGAAAACAUAUAAGGAUGGGUUUAGCAAGCUGCGUGACCUGAAAAGAGAAAUUGAGCAUCUUCACUUGAUUCUUGAACAGAGCCGAAGUAAAGUCCAGCAGUCUUCUGCACCAUCUCCUAUCUCUUUGACGUCUGCUUCUGAUUUAUCAACAAUAGAUACAUACCAAACUGAGAAAAAUCGGUCGUUUAGAAGCACACCGGAGACGAGUGAAUAUUAUUCAAGUGUAACUAAAAAUGCUCCUGCGGUUAUUGACUAUCUACACGGCUUGGAGGCUGACAUUGAAAAACCGCUACGCUCUGGUAAUGUCUUUAAAAACAGUAACGUCAUCUUUCUUCUCCUAUUCCGUUCAGGGAGAUCCAGAAACUCACACGGCCGAGCCAAUGGAAAUGAAUCAAUUAUGCGUACAGGGAAUGAGAGCACUGAUGCUGAUAUCAAAGCAUUUUAUAAAGCCAGGUCUGAGAUUAUGAAGCUUAAACAGCAACAACAGCAAAGACAAUGUUUGCCCACUGUGAGGAGGUUAAUGGGACCAGAGAAAACUAAAUUGCACUGCAUGCAUGUAGGAGUAGCAUCCCUUGCUCCUGUGGUUAUGGAGCUGGGAGGCAAUGCUCCAUGCAUAGUGGAAGAUCUCGUUCCAGACUUGGAAGGUACAAUCGCUAAGUUGGUCCACAAGGGAUUCUAUCAAAGCGGCUAG